GCCAGUGAUCAGAGUGAUCUUCCCGCUUGAAUUAUACUUCGAAGAAUGUCUGACAUAAAAGUUACUCCACUGGGUGCUGGUCAAGAUGUUGGACGCAGCUGUAUUUUAGUCAGCAUAGGUGGAAAGAACAUAAUGUUGGAUUGUGGCAUGCACAUGGGCUUUAAUGAUGAGAGACGAUUUCCAGAUUUUUCGUACAUAACAAGGGAGGGCAGCUUGACAGAGCACCUAGACUGUGUCAUUAUUAGCCAUUUUCACUUAGACCACUGUGGGGGACUGCCUUACAUGACAGAAAUGGUGGGAUAUAAUGGACCACUGUACAUGACACACCCUACAAAAGCUAUCUGUCCCAUUCUUUUGGAAGACUUCCGAAAAGUUACAGUGGAACGAAAAGGGGAAACAAAUUUCUUCACUUCAGAAAUGAUCAAAGCAUGCAUGAAGAAGGCUAUAGCUGUCAAUCUCCAUCAGACAAUACAGGUUGAUGAUGAACUAGAAAUCAAAGCGUAUUAUGCUGGACAUGUUCUGGGAGCUGCCAUGUUCCACAUUAAAGUUGGCCAGCACUCAUUUGUCUACACAGGAGACUACAACAUGACACCUGACAGACAUUUAGGAUCUGCAUGGAUUGACAAGUGUCGUCCAGAUCUACUCAUCACUGAGUCAACUUAUGCAACUACAAUUCGUGACUCAAAGCGGUGUCGAGAAAGAGAUUUCCUGAAAAAGGUGCACACCUGUGUUGAAAAUGGAGGAAAGGUUCUGAUACCAGUAUUUGCAUUGGGUCCACAAGAGUUGUGCAUUCUUCUGGAGUCAUAUUGGGAACGAAUGAAUCUUAACAUCCCUAUCUACUUCUCUCUGGGACUAACAGAAAAGGCAAAUAAUUACUACAAACUUUUCAUCACCUGGACCAGCCAGAAGAUCAAGAAAACAUUUGUACAGAGAAACAUGUUUGAAUUCAAACAUAUCAAGCCAUUUGACAGGUCUUACAUUGACAACCCAGGGCCAAUGGUAGUCUUUGCAACACCUGGAAUGUUGCAUGCUGGUUUAUCCCUACAGAUUUUCAAAAAGUGGGCACCAAAUGAAAAAAAUAUGCUGAUUAUGCCAGGGUAUUGUGUAGCAGGAACAGUGGGUCACAAAGUUCUGAAUGGAGUGAAACGUCUUGAGAUGGAAAACAAGCAAAUACUGGAAGUGCGUUUGUCAGUGCAAUAUAUGUCGUUCAGUGCACAUGCAGAUGCCAAAGGUAUUAUGCAGCUUAUCACCCAAUGCUCACCGUCUAAUGUCCUCCUGGUGCAUGGUGAGGCAGCCAAGAUGGAAUUCCUCAAGACCAAGAUUCAGAAAGAGUUUGGCGUAAACUGCUACAUGCCGGCUAAUGGUGAAACAGCGAUUGUGCCAGUGAUUCAUGGAAUUCCUGUCAAUGCUUCUGUUAACCUUCUGAAGCGUCAGGCAUCAUCGUCCGGUGUGGAUGGGCCCGAUCCAAAGACAAUGAAGCUUUUGCAUGGAGGUUUGGUCCUGAGAGGAAGUAAAAUGGUGCUCGUGGAGCCCAAUAGCGCAUUCAGAGACCUGGGCCUGGAAGAGCAUCAACUGCGUUUUACCUGCAACAUCAUGCUGGAUGAGGAGGGACCUGUGCCUGACACAGCAGAGCGCAUUUAUAAGCUUAUCAAAGCAGACAUGAAGCAUUGUCCUGUACAGUACUCAUCAGAUGGAUCGAUUAGUAUUGGGGAAUCUGUAUUGUUGAACAUCUCAGGCGAUGAAGAAAGCAAGAAUAUUUUGGUGUCUUGGUCACAUCAAGAUGAGGACUUGGGCAGUUAUCUUCUCAAACUUCUGAAGUCAAAUGUAGCAGCGGUGUGAUGAUGACAGGGCGUAAUGGAAACGUGUGCGCACGUGCGCGCUUUUUUGAGGGAGGAGAGCGACUGAGAGAGAGAAGGACGAUGAAAGCUACAGUACGUGGUCUGUAGCUCGUGGACUGGCAGGCUGUUUAAUCUGCAAAGCGAGUACAUGCUUGCACGACCCCAAUUUGUGUGGUGUGUGUAUGAGCGCAAUAUGUAAAUCAAAUGAAAAAAUGUUUACAUGUGAUAUAGAGGUUUGGACCUUUUGGAUUAAAAUCGUGCUCAAAUAA